CCAGAAUGCCCUUCACAGUUUUGUUGCCGGAAAAUCUCUUCCACGAUGUUAAACAAUAAUGAAGCCAUACGGCAGGCGGCGCAGGGUGCGAGCGCUGGGGGUCUGGAGGCGGGGGACGGUGUCCAGCCCGACGGGCCGGGUCCGGGCGCGGCCGCCCGGUUCCUGCAGGCGGAGCUGGAGUUGAACGCCGUCCUGCAGCGGCUCACCUUCGGCAGGGCAGUGCGCUACACCUACAACCCCCUGGAGUACGCCUGGGACGUGCACAGCCGCUUCGUCAACACCUACUGCCACGACGAGCAGAGCGUGCUGUUCCUGGGCAUGAACCCCGGGCCCUUCGGCAUGGUGCAGACCGGGAUCCCCUUCGGCGAUGUGGCGGUCGUCCGCGAUUGGCUGGAGAUCGGCGGGGAGGUGAGGCGUCCGCCCGAGGAGCACCCGAAUCGGCGGGUCCUGGGCCUGGCGUGCGCGCGGCGCGAAGUGAGCGGGACGCGCUUCUGGGGCCUCUUCCGCCGGCUGUGCGGCGAGCCCGCCGCCUUCUUCCGCCACUGCUUCGUGCACAACCUCUGCCCGCUCGCGUUCCUCAACGCCGCCGGCAAGAACCUGACCCCGGCGGAGCUGCCGCUGGCCGAGCGCAGCGCCCUGCUGGAGCUGUGCGACGGGGGGCUGUGCCAGGUGGUGCGGGCGCUGGGCGUGACCACCGUGGUCGGGGUGGGCCGGGUGGCCGAGCAGCGGGCGCGCCGGGCCCUGGCGGCCGCCGGGAUGGCGGUGCGCGUGGAGGGCCUCAUGCACCCCUCCCCCAGGAACCCUCAGGCCAACAGGGGCUGGGAGGCCAUCGCCGAGGCCCGGCUGGCCGAGCUGGGCGUGCUGCAGCUCCUGACGGCGUGACUGCCCUUCCCGCGGGCGCCCCCGGCGACCUCGCCCCGGUUUCGACUGACGGGCGUGCCCCACGGGGCCUCUCGGUGAGAUCUCGCACAGGUACGGGCGAUGUGUGGAGACGGUGGCGGGGUCAGCUCAUAGACUGCUUGGUCCCCUGCAAGGCCCUGACAAAACAAGGGAAAGACUGACGGAGGCGACACUAGUGCAGGCAGACAGGCAGCACGUGUUCAGUUCACUGGGAGUAAAGCUGGCAGUAUACUCAGUAAGAAGAAAGGACUUCAGGAUUGAGAACCACCGGCGAACACUGUUGUCGGUAUACUCAGUGAGAACACCACACCGUUUAAAGCCACUGGGGCGUGAAUAAUUACGAAUAAUUACAAGGCAGAUAUUAACCGGGGCUGGAAUCUCAACCAGACUUCCGUCUCGCGGCUACGCCAUGGAUGUAUAAAGAGAAGGACAACGCGAGAUCACAACACAAAACAAAACGUUUUGGCUUUAGUUUAUCUAUCUAUGCAAAAGAAGAAAAAAGGCGAAGAAGAUGGUACGUUCGCCCUCUAAAUCAGAGUAGGACGGAGAAAGGAGAGUUUUGUCUGUACAUUCAGCAAAUGCGAGUUUAAACGAAGGGGUCCACUUUCUCUUAUUUCCGAAUGUGUGCUAGGCGUACUGAUGACUUGCUGAAACGAGUAGCACCAUUCAUCAAACAUGCGGGAACUCACAGAAUUCGUACAUUAGCAUGUGAAGUAUACUGCCUACUUAAGUACAGACCAAUUCCUCUUUUCAGCCUGGUGCUUCUGACUGCUUUAUGUUCAUGGCCUUUGCCUAAGGACUUUGGGGAUCUCUUGCAUAAGGGGAGGCUGAGCCAGGCUCAGCAUUAAGCUGGAAAUUAAGGUAACACUACAUAUAGUCAUCUCUGGCAUGCACUUACAGGUACCAUACAGGUACCAGAUCCAGAGCAGUUUCAGGUACCAUAUUUAGGGCUCAGAUUAGCAAUGACAGUGAAGGGAAAUUCAAAGACUUUUUUGCAUGCUGUUUUUCUUCAAACUGCUCUUUGCACAGCUUUUUUCCUGUUAGUCUACCCCUCCAUUUGGUCACUGGUGUGUUGCUGCUUACCUCAGUUUACCUACCCAUGAAUGUGUACAUUCAAAGGUUCAGUUCUAAUUAAACUCAAGCAGAGAUUAUGGAUCCAGUAGGGAUCAAAAGUACUCUUAUCAGGGUAAAGUGUACUCUGUAAGAGUUGAUUUAACACUGUUAGGAGUUAAGCUUUUUACUGUGUAGGCUGGGUCUGGACCACCUGGGUGUACUUGACUUUUCAGAUUGGAUCAGGUAUAAGCUAGCCGAUGGAGACUGGGAGUCCACAGCAGUGCGGAAAGUUGACCUUGUGCUCUCUAGGGUGGGGAAGGUGUCAGGCAGGCAGUUCUCUCUCAGAUUGCUGCUCCAUUAGUUCCUCUCAGUGAUUUUCCAAACCCUCAGGCUAUGGAAGUCAUCCUCGGGGAGAGAGCAGCAGUAUCUCCCCUGCUUUCCCGCGCAGUCUGGAAUGGGCACAGACUAGCAGGUGAGCUAGUUUAGGGCAAGCAUUACUUAGCCAAAACGGUUGAGCCUUGUAGCUUUUCAUUUGGAUGUCCUAAUUAUUGCGAGCCAUUUAGCUUUCUCUGUAGUAAAAUGGACAUUGCGGUUGAAAUACAGCACUUUAUAUGCUGUAAGAUGACUUAAGAUGUAUUAAAUGUUUCAUGAUUGCGUGAUCAUGAUUGCAUCACUUACUUGUGGAUGUUUUCCGAUAAUUGCAUUAAGUUAAAAUAUGAAGCUAGUUUUCAAUAAUUUGAUAGCAUAGAAACUCAUGCUUCAAAUAAUGUAUACAUUACAAGUAAUUUCAGUCCAUAGUAAAAUGCAUAAAAAAUUGGGUAACAUGCGACAUUUGACUAGCCCAUUUUCUAACUUGACACCCACCUGCUGAUAAACAGGAUUUACAUAUAUAAUGUUGAUAGAUGCAAACAGACAUCUUAAAGCUUGCCUGUUUGACAUUGUAUGGUUCAGGAAUAACUAAGCUAGGCCAUUAGAAAGAAGACUUUUAAACUCCUGUAACUGGCUGUAAGUUCGUGAGUUCGAAAUAGCGAGAUUUUUUUUACUUGUUUAAAGUGCAAGAAUAAAUGAAAGAUGGUUCUUACUUUGCGUUGACCAUUUAUUUUCUAAGCUUGGAGUGACAGAACUACUACUAUCAUUAAUGGUGUGAUAAUUAUAUAAAUAGUAAUUUUACUACUAAUAUUAAUAUUACAAUUUUUAAUAUUAAAAUUUUAAUAUUAAUGCUACUUAAAACCACUAAUAAUAUUUCUGUAUUAAUGUUAUUGCAUGUAAUAUUACUGCUACUAUUGCUUAUCAUAUUAAUAAUGGAUAGUGUUGAUAUACUUAUUUAAAGUGAUCUACAUUUAAGGGGAAGUGACUAAUAUCUCAGCCUCCUGUGAUUUGUAGUUCCCACCUUGGUGAGGCAUGGCAGCCAUUUUGUGGCACAAUGCUCAUUACACAGACAGUGGAGAAGGGAGGAUGUUGUAACAGUAAGUUAGUUUGGGGUGAGUGGAAUUGAAUCGGGGCUGCUAUGUACAGAUAGAACCACUCUCUUGCUCCCAGCAGUGCAUUUUUGUGCAAUCUCUAGUGAGCAGAGCAAACAGGAAAUCACGCGGCUCAGGAAACAAGCCUGUGUGGACCGUACCGAAGCUUAAUGGUGUGUCCUAAUUACUGUUGAGCGGAAGCUGUAAAUUUCCGCGAUGUUUGAAUUGAUCUUCUGUUAGGGGAUUCCACGAGAUCCCCGCGGCCCCAGGAUCCGAAUUCAGCGGAGAACCGUCGUCUGAGCGUGUUUUUGUCUGCGAAACGUGUCUGGCAAGUGUGAAAUGAAGCGGGACGUGGUGGCCCCCCCCCUCCCAAAACACACAUCCGCCCGCCCCACCCGACGGCACCGCAGACCGAACACAGCCGUAGAGCCUUAAUGACGCCCAUUUCUCUCUGUGCCGCGUUAUUAAUUAGCUCAAUGAUCCUUGCUGACGGGACCCGGGCUGUUGCUCCGUGCCCCCCUCCCCCCUCCCCCCCUCCACUCCGCCUCACCCCCCGCUCUCUGCCCCCCCCCCCCCACCACCCUCCCAAAAAAGCCUGCGGCAGCUAGACCGCGUGAGAUCAAGGUGAGAGGCAGUGCCUCGACUCUGUUGGCGGGAGCCUGUGGCCGCUGAGCCGGAGAUCGAGCUGGGGCUGGAGAGGGAGAGCUCGUGGCCGUAGACGGAAACAGGAACCAAAAGCGCUGACCCCAGAUCAGAUUUAGCUUUGUUCAUGUAAUAAUGGCGGUUGUGGUCAAAGCUGUAGUUGCUGGUGUUGGGUCAGUUGGGUAGGGGCUGAAAUAUUGGUGGGGUUAUGGUUAGGCACCUGAAGGUUGGGACCUGUGGUGUUUUAUUAUAGUCAGAUCAUUCAUUGGCCCUUGGCUGGAAAUUUUCAAAUACUUGAAGAUGCUAAAUAAUGGUUCAUUGUGUAUCAGCAUUGUUUCUCUUUUUGGUUUCAAAUCCAAUUCUUGGAAUCCUAAUAUUUAUUUUUUAAAACCUCUGUGAAAAAGUGUUUAAAACUGGAAUAGUCUACCAUCGUCAAACCAAAAAAGUGUUUUCUUGGUUGCCUUUUUUGUUUGUGUUGAUUUUGUUUUUUUCAGUUUAAUCUUUUCAGUUUCAUGGCCUCAGGUUCUGUUUCAUUUGGGGGAAAAAGCAAAUAAACCUGUGUCCUUUUAACCA